AUGUACGCAUGUUAUAGUGCAUGCAUUCUGUUUUUAACGAAAUUAUUACAAGUAAUGUGUUGCACUUGUAGUGAUCACGAUGUGACAGUAACUGAGUCUGGGAGACAAAUACACAAGGGAAUUGAAGAUGCUACAGAGACGGCAACACGACGAAAUAAAAAACGAUGCUGUCCUUAUAAUUUCGACAGCAAAUUUUGUAAAGUAAUCGGUGACCGGCUCCUCUGCGGCUAUAACACUAAUGUUGGAACACCCCGAAAUAGUGAGAAAAUUGUAAAUUUAAAUAAUGGAUGUAUAAUAAGAGGUGGAAGAUUAGAAUGUGGUUAUUUUGAACCUCCAUAUAUUAAUUCUAGAAGACCACCUGGUUGGGAUCAGGGGUCAGUGUACGAAAAUCAAGAUAUAGACUUGGAGAACGACGUGGAUACAUCUAUGUCGUCUCCACUUUUGAAAAAUAAGUUAAAUUUAAAGAGAACAACUAACAAUUUACUUGGAUCAACUAGCUGUCUUGAAAUACGGGACAGAAUUGUUUGUCGCAGGUUUUAA